UGCGCGGUGCGGAUGUAAACAUGGCGGCCACAUUCGUUCAGAGUUUGAGACGAUCCGCUUACAGAUCUUUAUUGCUCAGCAGGCGUUUAUUCUUACGCCAAAAUGCCAAACUGCGGCCGUCAAUACUAUCUGUGAUAUCUGCUGCGACGACGGGUGCUGCUGGUUAUUGGCUGGUUGCUAACAUUUUCGAGAAAACACCCCUGUCUUUAGCGGUUGUCGAAGCCAAGGAUGCCAAAGAUGAGAAGCCAACGGUCACCAUCCGCGAGAGUCGUUUCCUUGCGUUUGCCUCGGUCGAGGCAGAAGGAAACGCCUACAUGACCCCACAAGACUUCUUGGAGUCAGUCACAGAGGAGAUGCCGAGAGCUCGUGGAAGAAGACGAGUGCUAUCCCGGUACGAAGUUGAACAAACCUUGAAGAAUACACCACCACUACAUAAAGGAUCGACAAAAAUGUUCCGUAACCUCAAUGACAAGGGUUUGCUCUCCUACACAGAAUACCUUUUCCUUCUAUGUGUCCUUACAACUCCGGGGCCAAUGGGCAAACCAAGAAGCCAUUCCUCCUCUGCUCGCGAACCAAAGUCCGGUUUUGAAAUCGCCUUCAAUAUGUUCGACGCCGACGGCAACCAGCGGGUCGACAAGCGAGAAUUCUUAGUGCUGGAACGCCUAGUCCACAGUCGGCGUCGGGGUCCGUUGCAACUCGAUCACGACAGAUACGGAGACGGAUUGCAACGGCUGAUGAAUAAGUUACUGAAAGAGCGUGCUGUACCAGCUGAGCUGCAGUACCCCUAUCUGUCUAAGCCAAAGGCAGUAUCAGUGCUAUCACUCUCCAAUAUCUUCAAUCCUGCCACGUCCACUGAAAACAUAACCGAGUCCAGCGACAAGAAACAAAAAAGUAUCUGGGAUCAAUGCAUGAAUGCAGCUUCAUCAGUCACUGGGUUCUUUUGGUCCAAUGACUCCACCGAAAUCAUCACCGCCGAGACAACGCUUUUGGCACAUUUUUUUGGCCGUCGAGGCAAUGACGUCCUUAACUACCAGGAUUUUGCGAGAUUCAUGGACAAUCUACAGACGGAGGUGUUGGAGAUGGAAUUUCAGGAGUUCUCGCGAGGAAUGGCCACGAUCUCCGAGAGUGAAUUUGCCAAAAUUCUGAUGCGUUACACGAAGAUUAGUAGUGACGAUCACAAGGAAUUUAUUGACAGGGUCGGAGAGAACAUCAAAGAAGACUCGGUAGAGUUCAGAAAACCCAGAGCACCGGGUCAUGGCAUCACGUUCAAAGAGUUCAAGAAGUUUUUUCAAUUCUUGAACAAUCUGGAUGACUUUGUGAUCGCGAUGAGGAUGUACACCUUUGCUAGGCAGCCAGUCUCACAAGACGAAUUCCAGCGAGCCGUGAAAGUGUGUGUGGGCUAUGAGUUUGACCCUCACCUGGUGGAGACCGUCUUUCAAAUCUUCGAUGCGGACGGCGACGGUCAUCUGAGUCACGAAGAGUUUGUCAGUCUGAUGAAGGACCGACUCCAUAGAGGGGUCCGGGCCCACCUGCUCAAAGAUCAAGGCCGCUGGGACAUGUUCAAAGGCUGCGUCAAAAACGAGAUGAGAAAACCUUGAGCGCCACCUGCCAACUGAAAGAAGAAACAAUGUUAACCGUUUAAUUUAGCUGGCUGUGACUUUACUUAUUAUGCUAACUGUAAAUGCCCUUCUGUGGGUUCUUAUGCCAACAUUUAAUGCCCGACGGUGGGUUCUUAUACUAACUGUGAAUGCCCUAAGGUUGGUUCUGAUGUUUACUGUGAAUGCCCUCCGGUCGGUUCCUAUGUUAACUGUUAAUGCCCUCCGGUUGGUUAUUUUGCUAACUGUUCCACAUCAGAACAGAAUUGCUAUUUUGCACUCUCUAUUCGUCCCCUUAGUGACUGGAAAUCUUCACAGUGGCAAUGUCUAUGUAUCAUUUCACAAAUACACAACUGUAAAAAUUGACAAUCUUCAUUCACACGGCUAUGGUAAGCAUAAUACAUCUGUAAUAUUGUUAUAUAUGAAAUAAACAUAGCGACGAGCAGCUCGACAUUAUACUAUGACUGUGAGUCUGUUUGGAGGGAAGAAGUCAAUUUUUGAAUGACUUGAGAAUUACUGCAUGAAACGGAGCAGUUUUGGCUAUAAUUAACCUAUUGGUGGAAAGAGGAUGUUGGUUGAAGGAUGUCUAGCCUCUCGGCAAUCUAACAGUUAAAGAAUUGAGAAUGAGGGUGGGAAGUUGUCUGAGGUCAUCAAGGGGAACGAAGGGCUUAGAAUAUAGGGCAUUUCAGGAGUGGAGGGCAAGUUGUCUGCAAGCGAUAAUAACACUACGCUUACACUACAGUUCUUGGCAGAUCUGAAGAAUUUGAAAGUUUAUUAUCCAGGGGGUUGAGAGAGUGAUAUUAGUGUUGAUGCAGGGUAUGAAGAUUUUUUUUCGGAAUAUGUUUGACAAAAAAGAGAAUUUUGCUCAACUCUUUCGUCCUUUUUUGAAGAUUUUUUUUCGAGGAAUUUUCGCAACAAAAAAGGAGGAUUUCGCUUAAAGGAGUUGUGGAUUUAUUCCUUCAGUUUGUUUCCACUUCUCCUGUUUCACUAGUAAACUAUUUCCCUACAAGUAUUUUGCUGUUUUUCCCAUUUUCUUUCAAAUCUGAGAUAGUAGAUACACAUGAUGAUUAUGUUGAGCGUGCACACGUCAAUGACAUGGUGAACGUGCCCUGCCUGCCAAGUGCAGCUGUGGUCAGACUUUUAUGUCACCUUGAUAAGAUCUUUUUGUUGCAUAGCACUGCAGCAACUAUUAUCGCAGGUCACAGCAACUAAAAUAUCGCUCAUCUGCACAGCACAUGAUGGUCAAUGCAAACAGAAUGGUACAGGGUGUAACAAAAAAUGGAUUUAGUGUUCCAUAAUAUUCGUUCUGUUUCACUUUUAUGCAUAGUGUAUCAUUUCUCUGAAAAAGCUGCAGUUUUGGGAAGAGUACCCUGUUUUUGAUUACACCCUGUACAAUUCGUCUCUGUGGUAUAAAUAUGUAUAUGAGAUAUAAUUAUUACCCUUUCUGCAAAUAAAAUGCAGUUGAUAACGAA